UUCCGCGUGAGAGUAGACGACGGUAUAUCAGGGUCUGCCAAAGCUUGCGGUGGAAUCCCCCAAGGUUCGGUGCUUGGUCCAAUGCUGUUCCCCGUAAACAUCAACGACAUGGUCCGUGGUCUGCACUCACCGCUCUACUUGUUUGCCGACGACGUCAAAAUCGUAGGCCGGCUAGAUGUGCCACAAUUGCAAGAGGAUCUGAACAAGAUCCAGGAGUGGACAGUUCAACGGGAACUCCUUCUGAACCUAAGCAAGUGCCAACAGUUGAUGUCAGUCGGUACAAUUAGCAAUGGUCGAAGUGCGACCACGGAAAAGCAUCUACCUUUAAAGAGGAACGACGACAUUAGGGACUUGGGUAUCGUCAUAGACCAGACCUUCAAACCCACGCCUCAGUGUCUGGCAGCUGCGGCCAAAAGUAAUAUGGCACUUCAUCUGCUCGAGAGGAAAAGAUGUGAAUCCAGCGCGAAAAAUACACUUGACGAAGCCGCUUCUCUGUUCACCGCUGCUCAACUGUUCACACAAGCUGAAGAUAAGCUGGAAUGCAUCAACGCCGUCAGCUACAAUGAGAACUCCGAUUGUGCUACUAUGUGCCUCCUACGCGCUGCUAAGGUAUAG